CAGUAUGACAUGCAGAUGAGUGCCGUCGAUCUUAGAAUCACCGCACACUUCACUCAUUUGGGCAGUCACGGGGCCAAAACCAGUGUUUGGAGCCACAGUGUGGCGGUGGAGGCAGCAGCAAUGGGAGGCCAUACAGCAACCUAUGACAAAAUGGAAACCAGCAGGAGCGUGAGGAGACCUGAAAGUGGCACAUGGCAGAGUGGGAGCAAUGGGAGGCGGUACAGGGACCCAGGUCACACUGUGGGCCCAGCAGCAGCGUGACCAGGCGGUACGGGGGCCCAUGGCCGAUAUGGGGCUUUGGUGGCACCUAUGGAAGGCCUGUAAUCUGCCACCUCCCUUUGAGAACUCUGGACUUGGCAGCAGCAUAGAGGAG